GUUUACAUGACUGGAAGACAAAUGAUUUUAAAUAAACACCAUGGUUUCUUUUCUUCAAUCCUGGUAGACAGAAUAAGCAGUUUACUUAGCAGUUUCAAUAUAUACGGUUCAAUGUGACUUUCCUCCUGCUUUUAUCCAGUGGUGGAAAGUACCAUAUGCCUUGAUUUAUAUAGUCAUGGUUUCUUGUGCCGAAUGUAUUUGCAUUUGAUUCAUUAUUUUAUUUUUCCUCUGCCAUUUUUCAUUCAAAACUAUUACACUUUUUAACUGAGCUAAUGUUCUCUGACAGCUUAACUUUUCCAGAUUAAGAUACAUGAUUUAAACCAUUCGCUCCAAUAAUAUAUGAUACAUUGUUCAAAAACUUGGCAUAUACAAGACAGCUCAAAUUAGCUCCACGUGGACCAAGUACGUGAAGUGCUCAUAUAAAACAUAUAUAUUAUAUACCACUUAGCAGUCAAUCUGCACCAUAAUACUUUUAAUAUUAUUAGAUAAUAUUUCUAAUCCUUGAAUAAAUGUUUAAUGCAUGAAUCCAUCUGAAAAUGUGGCACGAGUAACUUCCAUCAAAGUAAAAGUACUUUUAGGGAACCUGUAGUGAUGCAGUGGUUUGUUUAUGAGACACUGAUAGUUUGCUGCAAUUAACAUCUAUUAGGAUUUUAGCAUUUUUAGUUCUUUUGCGUCUACAUUAUUUCCUCUGACUGGGUGUCAAUCCCUCAAGUUUCCAACAGACAACACUGCAGCAUCCUCUCAUGGCAACGUAAGCCUGUAAAAGACAGACCUCUAUAAGUGAUUAGUUAAUUAAUUGGAAUGUGCAGAUUUAUUCAACAGUGUUAUCAGACUGAUUAAAGCUCCACAAUCACUUCAUCUACUCAACCAUUUGCAUUGAAGAAAAAAAGAAAAAAAACACAGUGAGGAGCCGUUUGCUGCAGAGACAGACGGUUUCCUUUUGGUGGACCACUGGCUGGAAGGCCAUUGGUCGGUGGGGGGCAGGCUAUUUGCAUAUACCGGGGCUUAUAGUCCCACAGCAAAGUCAGAGUUGAGCAGAGUUGACUGGAUCAGACUUACUGAACAACUCUUUUCACCAUUUAUAUGAUUUUCCUGGGCUCUAUUUUUUCAGCCCCUCAACAUGGGUUUUUGCAACUUUGCAGGAGUUGCACGGUCCAUCGUGUUUGCUUUACUCCUGCACUCUGCUCUCUGCACAACUACCAAGUAUUUCACCUAUGAGGAGGAUGCACCGGGGACGGAGAUAGGCAAUUUGUCCCGGGAUUUAAAGAUUGAUCCAGCCGAUGACCCCGACACAUCGUUCCGCUUCAUGCAGGAGAGCAACUCCUCCGUUAUCCAGAUGAGGGAGAUCGACGGACUCCUGAGUGUUUCAGAGACAAUCGACCGGGAGCAGCUCUGCCCAAGGUCCCCGCGCUGCUUCAUCUCCUUCGACAUCGUGGCCCUGUCCAGAGAAAAGUUCCAGCUCAUCCACGUCGAGAUCGAGGUGAGGGACAUCAACGACCACGCUCCGCACUUCGCGCGCAACGAGACGCAGCUGGACAUAGUGGAGAACGUCCCACUGGACUCCAGGUUCCCCCUGCAGGUCGCUCUGGACCAGGACGUGGGUGAGAACUACAUCCAGAGCUACAACAUCUCCUCCUCCGCUCACUUUGUCGUUGAGGUGCGCGUCAGGGAGGAUGGAGUGAAGUGCGCGGAGCUGGUGCUGGUGCGGGAGCUCGACAGGGAGGUGGAGGACUCCUACACCAUCCAUGUCACCGCGUCCGACGGAGGCGCCCCCGCAAAGACCGGCUCCAUGACGGUGAAUAUCAAAGUGCUGGACUUCAACGACAACAGCCCGACGUUCGAGCACAGCUCUCUGAAUGUGGAGCUGAACGAGGACGCGCCGGUGGGCCACAGGGUCAUCAGAGUGCACGCGUUUGACCCCGACGACGGUGCCAACGGAGAGGUGAUGUACGCGUUCGCGGACGACAUGGCACCGGAGGCUGCGCGACUUUUCCACGUCGACCCGUACUCCGGUGACGUGACCUUGAAGGCGCUGGUGGAUUUCGAGAAGACUAGGUCGUACGAGCUGAACAUCCGAGCAGCGGACCUGGGCUCGAACUCCGUGCCGUCCAGCUGCCGGGUGGUGAUCGACAUCGUGGACGUGAACGACAACGCGCCCGAGAUCAGCAUCAAACCCAUGACCUCCAGCAGCGACGGGGUCGCGUACAUCACCGAGGCUGCGGCCGAGGAGAGCUUCGUGGCUCUGAUCAGCACCUCGGACAGAGACUCUGGCUCCAACGGGUACGUGCGCAUCAGCCUCCUCGGGCACGAGCAUUUCACCCUGCAGCAGGCGUACGGAGACACCUUCAUGAUUGUCACCACCACCACUUUAGACAGAGAGAGGAUCCAAGAGUAUAACUUGACUGUGGUGGCAGAGGACCUGGGCAGUCCGCCUUUCAAAACUGUCAGACAGUACACCAUCCGAGUGACGGAUGAGAACGACAACCGCCCUCUCUUCAGUAAGACACUUUAUGACGUUUCAGUCCUGGAAAAUAACAUUCCAGGUUCCUAUGUGACCACCGUUGUUGCCAGAGAUCCUGACGUGGGGAAAAACGCCAAAGUCUCCUACAAGCUCUUAGACUCAGAGGUGUUAGGAUCCCCAGUGUCCACAUAUGUUUCUGUCGACUCCCUCUCAGGCUCACUGUUCACUUUGAGGUCUUUUGAUUAUGAGGCUCUUCAGCAGAUCGAGCUGGUGAUCCAGGCAGAGGACAGAGGCUCUCCCUCUCUCUCCAGCACAUCAACAAUCAGGAUCAGGGUAGUGGACCAGAACGACAACUACCCGUACUUCACCUUCCCCGUGCUCCUCAACGAGUCCGCUGACAUCCCCCUGCCUUUCAACGCCCCUGCUGGCUACCUCGCCCUCCGCGUCUCGGCCGAAGAUGAGGACGAGGGAGUGAAUGGCGAGCUCUCCUACCAGAUCGUGCAAGGUGACCCACACUUUUUCACAAUGAACAAACACACCGGGGAGAUUGCUCUGAAACAAUGGCUGACGUCUGAAAUUGGAGACGUGCUGGAGAUCAGAAUCGCAGUGAGUGACAAUGGCAGGUCCCCGCUUUCCAGCGGGGCCACCAUUAGGUUCGUGGUCACAGACACAGAGCCCAGUGACGAACAGGUCGUCAUUGUGAUGCAGUCAAGUGAUGAAGAAGGCUCCGGCCUGGAUGGCUCGCUAAUAGUCAUUAUCAUGCUCAGUGGGGGUUGUGCACUGCUGCUGAUUGCAAUAGUUGUCGUCGUUGUCACGUGCAAGCUCAGCCGCGGGGGGAGAAGCCGUGGCACCAAGAGAGAAGUGUGUCACAGCCUGUUUGACAGCAGGCCAAUACCCAUCCUCGGCCCCACACAACCAAACAUCUACACGGGUCAGCGAGGCUUCUUCCACGAGAGGACGCCCUCCUCUCUGGACGACUCCUGCCUGUACGAGGAGAGGAGCGGGGACUCGGAGACAAAGAUGUUCCUGCCCUCCAAGCAUUUCCAACCAACAUCUGUGUGGCAAGGUGACAAGUACUGCCUGCAAGUGAGUGGCAUCGGACACACGGACCAGCUGAGCGUGAAGGACAGUGGCAAAGGGGACAGUGACUUCAAUGACAGUGACUCUGAUAUCAGCGGCGACGGAGGCAAGAAGAACUUCAGCACCUUCCAGCCGAGACUUAAAGGUUCAUCCAGCACUGCUCACAGUUUAUCAGGGGAUUGCCCAGGCAGCUACUGUGCAAUUCCAUCACAGAGCUUCAGAACCCCCCGAGACAAUGCGUACACAAUCGGCUUUGCCCCGGUGCCGGUGUUCAACAAUCUUCACGGCUUUCCCCACCCCUGGAAAGACUGCGGUUAUGGCACGAGUCUGCCCAAAUCAAGGAGCGGCAUGCAGAACUUCUCCAGGGCCGGGACCCUCCCCUCCUACUUUCCCCAGCAGCAGCACGACACCGGUGUGGAAGGUCCUGAAAUCCACACGCAGGGUCCAACAUUUAUAACUGUGGCUACGGGAUCACAAGUUGCAACCAGCUUCUAAGAAAACUGUUGAUAAACUGAUUAAGAUGCUCCUUGAGGAUGUAAAUAUUCUUUAAACUGAUUGUAAAUAUAUUUAUUAUAAAUAGUAUGUUUAAUUAUGCAACGUUAUUUGAAUUUCUGUACUAAAUAUUGUUAGG